GGGGCGCUCUACGGUGGCCGACAGGAUGCCGCCGAGGUAUUAGCAACGAGGUGAGAAGCACCCUCGGGAGGUACGGCGAGCUACGUUUCUCCAGUCUAGCUCCCGGAGUAUCGAGGAGGGUACCCCGCAGCCGUCACCAUGGUGAAGGAACAGUUCCGAGAGACGGAUGUCGCCAAGAAAAUAAGCCACAUCUGUUUUGGAAUGAAGUCCCCUGAGGAGAUGCGCCAGCAGGCCCACAUCCAGGUUGUGAGUAAGAACCUGUACAGCCAGGACAACCACCAUGCUCCCUUGCUGUAUGGUGUGCUUGACCACAGGAUGGGUACAAGUGAGAAGGACCGUCCUUGUGAAACCUGUGGGAAAAACUUGGCUGACUGUCUGGGCCACUAUGGCUACAUUGACUUGGAGUUGCCAUGCUUUCACGUGGGCUACUUCAGAGCAGUUAUCGGCAUCUUACAGAUGAUCUGUAAAACCUGCUGCCACAUCAUGCUGUCCCAGGAGGAGAAGAAGCAGUUUCUGGAUUAUCUGAAGAGGCCUGGCCUGACCUACCUCCAGAAACGUGGACUGAAGAAGAAAAUCUCUGAUAAGUGCCGAAAGAAGAACAUCUGCCAUUACUGUGGUGCUUUUAAUGGUACCGUAAAGAAAUGUGGAUUACUGAAGAUAAUUCAUGAGAAGUACAAGACCAACAAAAAAGUGGUGGAUCCUAUCGUAUCAAAUUUCCUUCAGUCUUUUGAAACAGCCAUCGAGCAUAACAAAGAAGUAGAACCACUGCUGGGAAGGGCACAGGAAAACUUGAAUCCCUUAGUAGUUCUGAAUUUAUUCAAACGAAUCCCAGCUGAAGAUGUCCCUCUACUUCUAAUGAACCCAGAAGCUGGAAAGCCCUCUGAUUUGAUUCUCACACGACUUUUAGUGCCCCCUUUGUGUAUCAGACCCUCUGUCGUGAGCGAUUUGAAGUCUGGCACCAAUGAAGAUGAUCUGACGAUGAAAUUGACAGAAAUCAUUUUCCUAAAUGACGUCAUUAAAAAGCAUCGGAUAUCAGGAGCAAAGACCCAGAUGAUCAUGGAAGACUGGGAUUUCCUGCAACUGCAGUGUGCCCUCUACAUUAACAGCGAGCUCUCAGGCAUUCCCCUCAACAUGGCGCCCAAGAAAUGGACCAGAGGUUUCGUCCAGCGCCUAAAGGGAAAACAGGGUCGAUUUAGAGGCAAUCUCUCAGGAAAGAGAGUGGAUUUUUCUGGCAGAACAGUCAUCUCACCUGACCCCAAUCUCAGGAUUGAUGAGGUAGCUGUGCCAGUUCACGUGGCCAAAAUUCUUACUUUUCCUGAGAAGGUGAACAAAGCAAACAUCAAUUUUCUGAGGAAACUGGUUCGAAAUGGCCCUGAAGUUCACCCAGGAGCCAAUUUCAUUCAGCAAAGACACACACAGAUGAAAAGGUUUUUGAAGUACGGAAAUAGGGAAAAGAUGGCCCAGGAGCUCAAGUACGGGGACAUCGUGGAGAGACACCUCAUAGACGGAGAUGUGGUGCUGUUCAACCGGCAGCCAUCGCUGCACAAACUGAGCAUUAUGGCACAUCUGGCCAAGGUCAAGCCGCACCGGACCUUCAGAUUUAACGAGUGUGUCUGUACACCCUACAAUGCGGAUUUCGAUGGCGAUGAGAUGAACCUUCAUCUUCCUCAAACGGAGGAAGCUAAAGCAGAGGCCCUUGUUCUGAUGGGGACGAAAGCAAAUCUGGUAACACCAAGGAAUGGAGAACCACUGAUUGCUGCUAUUCAGGAUUUUCUGACAGGUGCCUAUCUCCUCACCCUUAAGGACACUUUCUUUGACCGCGCCAAGGCUUGCCAAAUCAUUGCUUCAAUAUUGGUUGGCAAGGAUGAGAAAAUUAAAGUUCACCUCCCACCCCCGACGAUACUAAAGCCUGUCACCCUAUGGACGGGAAAGCAGAUCUUCAGUGUCAUCCUCAGACCGAGUGAUGACAACCCAGUGAGGGCCAACCUCCGAACCAAGGGCAAGCAGUACUGCGGCAAAGGAGAAGAUCUCUGUGUCAAUGAUUCCUACGUUACUAUCCAGAACAGUGAGCUGAUGAGUGGCAGUAUGGACAAGGGAACUCUGGGGUCCGGAUCCAAGAACAACAUUUUCUACAUUUUGCUGCGAGACUGGGGGCAGAACGAAGCGGCCGAUGCGAUGUCGCGGCUUGCCAGGCUGGCUCCUGUCUACCUCUCAAACCGUGGAUUCUCCAUUGGGAUUGGUGACGUCACACCUGGUCAAGGACUGCUGAAGGCCAAGUAUGAGUUGCUGAACGCUGGCUAUAAAAAAUGUGAUGAGUACAUCGAAGCCCUGAACACAGGCAAGCUGCAGCAGCAGCCUGGCUGCACCGCUGAGGAGACUCUGGAGGCUCUGAUCCUGAAGGAGCUGUCUGUGAUCCGAGACCACGCAGGCAGUGCCUGUCUCCGGGAGCUGGAUAAGAGCAACAGCCCACUCACCAUGGCUCUGUGCGGCUCCAAGGGUUCUUUCAUUAACAUAUCACAGAUGAUUGCCUGUGUGGGACAGCAGGCCAUCAGUGGCUCUCGAGUGCCAGAUGGCUUUGAAAACAGGUCCUUGCCUCACUUUGAAAAACACUCAAAGCUCCCAGCUGCCAAAGGCUUUGUGGCUAAUAGCUUUUAUUCCGGUUUGACACCGACCGAGUUUUUCUUCCACACAAUGGCUGGCCGGGAAGGUCUCGUCGACACAGCCGUAAAGACCGCUGAAACAGGGUACAUGCAGAGGAGGCUCGUCAAGUCCCUUGAAGAUCUGUGCUCACAGUAUGACCUGACAGUCCGAAGCUCUACGGGUGAUAUUAUCCAGUUCAUUUACGGGGGAGAUGGCUUAGAUCCUGCAGCUAUGGAGGGAAAAGAUGAACCGUUAGAGUUCAAAAGAGUUCUGGACAACAUCAAAGCAGUCUUCCCGUGUCAGAGCGAGCCUGCGCUAAGUAAAAAUGAACUGGUCCUGACCACUGAGUCGAUCAUGAAGAAGACUGAGUUCCUCUGCUGCCAGGACAGCUUCCUGCAGGAAAUAAAAAAUUUCGUCAAGGGCGUGUCUGAGAAGAUCAAGAAGACCAGAGAUAAAUACGGCAUCAACGACAACGGCACGACAGAGCCCCGUGUGUUGUACCAGUUGGACCGGAUCACCCCCACCCAAAUCGAAAAGUUCCUGGAGACCUGUAGGGACAAGUACAUGAGGGCGCAGAUGGAGCCAGGUUCUGCGGUGGGCGCACUGUGUGCCCAGAGCAUUGGGGAGCCAGGCACCCAGAUGACCCUGAAGACUUUCCACUUCGCGGGCGUGGCGUCCAUGAACAUCACCCUGGGUGUGCCCCGGAUCAAAGAGAUCAUCAAUGCUUCCAAGGCCAUCAGCACCCCGAUCAUCACGGCGCAGCUGGAUAAGGACGAUGACGCGGACUACGCUCGCCUCGUGAAGGGCAGAAUCGAGAAAACCCUCUUGGGAGAGAUUUCCGAGUAUAUUGAAGAAGUGUUUCUUCCGGAUGACUGCUUUAUCCUCGUCAAGCUCUCCCUGGAACGGAUCAGACUUCUGAGACUGGAAGUGAACGCUGAGACAGUGCGCUAUUCCAUCUGCAUGUCCAAGCUCCGCGUGAAGCCUGGCGAUGUGGCCGUUCACGGCGAGGCUGUGGUGUGUGUCACCCCCAGAGAGAACAGCAAGAGCUCCAUGUACUAUGUGCUGCAGUUCCUGAAAGAGGAUCUCCCCAAGGUGGUGGUGCAGGGCAUCCCGGAGGUUUCCAGAGCUGUCAUCCACAUCGACGAGCAGAGCGGAAAGGAGAAGUACAAGCUCCUGGUGGAGGGUGAUAACCUGCGGGCGGUCAUGGCCACCCACGGUGUGAAGGGCACCCGCACCACCUCCAAUAACACCUAUGAGGUGGAGAAAACUCUGGGCAUCGAAGCUGCCCGGACAACGAUCAUCAACGAAAUCCAGUACACGAUGGUCAACCACGGCAUGAGCAUCGACAGGAGGCACGUGAUGCUGCUGUCCGACCUGAUGACCUACAAGGGUGAAGUCCUGGGCAUCACGAGGUUUGGCCUGGCCAAGAUGAAGGAGAGUGUGCUGAUGCUGGCCUCCUUUGAGAAGACAGCUGAUCAUCUCUUCGAUGCGGCCUACUUUGGGCAGAAGGACUCCGUGUGUGGGGUGUCUGAGUGCAUCAUCAUGGGGAUCCCUAUGAAUAUUGGAACUGGGCUCUUCAAGCUGCUGCACAAGGCCGACAGGGACCCAAGCCCUCCCAGGAGACCCCUGAUCUUCGACACAAACGAAUUCCACAUCCCCCUUGUCACAUAGUCCAGGGAGAAGGGGACCGUUCCUGACCUCAGCUCCUUGUCCCAUCUGGAAAGAGGUCAAGACCGGCAGCUGACCCAGAGAGCUUGUGCUCCCUGGGACAGGCCCUGAUGUCCCCACCGUGCCAUCACGCCGAGAAGGCCUCCAUGUCCCCGGGAGCAGCUCGCCUGGGACCCUGAUCACACCACAGUGCCUGGUCGGGAGAACUGAGGUUUGUCUGUUUGAAACCCUAGCCUCACCAGGAGGCCCCGGCCAGGCAUCUUUGCUCAUUCUCACCUCACCCUUCCAACUACUGGCUUUCAGGAGUGUCACACCGUGACCCAGAGCCAGCUAUAAGCUCAAGACCAAGGCCUGUUCCUGAUUUUUCUAUUCCUCAGUCAUGCUCGAAUCUCCUCACGUGGCCUACGCAUAUAAAUAUUAUCACCGUUAUUUAUUUGUUCAGUUUGA